AUGUCAUCAAGUCCUACAUUGAGUGAAAUGGAAUUCCCUUCGUCUCCUCAACCUUCCGCCACUAUCACUCCUUCAUCCAAUAAGCCAAGCGGAAAUUUCAGCUCCAAUCCCAAAAAAGAGAAAGAGAAGAAUUUGGUCAACAAAUUAUGUAGGUUCUUACCACCCAAAAAGGACGAAGCGUUCAUUGGACCAAUAUUACCUACCGUCGAGGAAACCAUCACUCAAAUCCGCCAACAAUGUCCGACCCUCUCUCACAUCCCCUCCGAAUCGAUAUCCCUCAAGAUCCGAUUCGACGGUAAGAACUCCCAAGCAUGCGAAAAUGUCUUGUUCAAGAUUCCCUCGGGGAUCAAAGGUUGCUGGCCUAAUGCGAUUUCGGAUAAAUUACAUUUGAUUUUCAUCGACGUGGCCACUACGACUGAUGCCACCAAGUCGACCCUACCUGUCAUCUCUACUGAUCAAGCUAUUCAGACUGAUUUAAAGGUACAAGCUGAACGAUUUGCUCAAGCUAUAACUUACUCUGGAGCUAUCCCAACUUCCACUCCGCCGAAAGAGGGAGAAAAAGAAUUGACAUGGGACGAUUUGAAGAAGGAUGGAGCAUUGUUAGGAGUGCAAGGUUGGACUGAUAGACCAAAAGCGAAAUUUUGA